AUGGUGGGGACCGGUAAGACUACACAAACGCGUAGGAAAAGGUGUAUUCCUCACGGACCAACAACCACCGCGCAAAAUUCACGUGUCAUGUCUGAAACGCGCGCCAACCACAACACACCCACACCCCAACACCACCACAAAACAAUAACGGCAGUCGACAACAGCACAAGGAUGAAUACAAAGCCACAAUCAACAGCAACCACCCCCCUACAGCAAGCCGCAGAACUGCUGGAACGCACCCAGCAGUUACUGAAGGUAGCUACCGCGGAGGCAGCCGCCCAUGCGACUACGGCAGCACGGGUGCGCCGGAUGUCCACGGCAGAGCUACGCCGGGACCCGGUACUGUGGGCAGCCUACACCCGCGGGUGGGACGACCGCACGUCGGUCUUCCGCAAGGCGACCGACGUGGGUCCGACACCCGCGGUGACCGACAGGUCCCGGAGCCCUAGACGGCACGUACAGCCGGCUGGCACACCGCGACCGCCCCCGAUGCCGCAGUCCGCACGGCUGAUCCGCCCACCCCCGCAACCGCUCAUGGCAGCACCGGUCCCACGACCGAGGACGUCGACAAAACCGCCCGCGCCGACCACAGAGGAGGCUAAAACGACGCCGAAAACGGCAAAGCCGAAAACGGCAACGCCGAUGUUGUCGCGGCAGCGCCGGAGCAUCGCAAGGAAGCGGAAAUUUGUGGACAAGAAGAAGCCUACCGACCCCACCUCCUCUCAGCAAUUCCGCCUGGAGAAACCGGCGUCCACAACCCCCGAACCGGCAACAUGUUCAAAGUCACUGGAGGCGACCGACAAACCUGUCCCCGAGACCAAGGCACCGGAGGUAGCAAUACCUACCGGACAAGCCGAGGCCACGGAGCAGCCAGCCACCGACUCCCCAAAACCGGCCGAUAUGGAAAUAUCGCCGGAUGAGGAGGCGGAGCUGCUGUGCGACAUGGAUGUCGGUCCACCAGAUGACGUGGACAUGGAAACCGUGUUCCAGAACUAA